UAUUAAGCAUUUCCUACUUCGUGACCGCAUGUUCUCGUCACGUCUGUUGUGAAUAUGAAGGGGAUGUGUGUUCUUUGGUUAAGAAUGUGAUUUCGGUAAAAAGCUGAAUACUGGUAUGAGAAACUAAUAAGUCGCCUGGAGUUGGUGAAAUCGUUUUUGGAUGUCUUUCUUCAGAGAUGGAGACAAUUUUGUUAGCUGGUCCAGUCACUGCUCUUGAGUUUGUGGGAGAAGAUAUCCUUCUUUCUGGUGAAGGACCUUAUUUGACAGUCAACCAGCUGGAUUCCCCAGCAUGCCAUGUGUCUCGCAGAGUGCUGGCCCGUCACCAUAUUCAUGGGAUUCGACUUGCACCACAGCAGGUGUUGGCACCAGUCAAAACAGAGCUAGCUGUAUUUGGAGGUAAAGAACUGCAAGUAUUGGAGUUGAGAAGCUAUCAAGAAGAGAGGUCUGUUCUUCAGGACUUGUCUCCACUCAGGGAGCUGAAAGAUUGGAUCUGGGAUGUCUGCUGGCUGAAACAUUUCCUGCCAAACACAUCCACUUGUCAAGGUUUGUUGGCGGUAGCUUUGGCACAUAACUCCGUGCUACUCAUUGACCCAGUAGCAGGAAGGGAAAUUCAAGAAGUACACUGUGAGGAGAAAUGUAUUUUGUAUUCUGCCCUGUUUGUGGGGCAUGAAUGGGACCACCUUGUACUAGUGUCUGGAACUGUGUUUAACCAGCUGAUCUUGUGGAGGCCAGGAAACUGUGGAUUAAAAAAUGAAGAAGGCAGAGCAAGGGCAGAGAAAAGAAUUGAGGGGCACCAUGGAGUAAUCUUUGGUUUAGCCUACCAGUCAGACUGUGGAUUUCUGGCAUCUGCAUCUGAUGACCGCAGUGUGCGGCUGUGGAAAGUUGGAGACCUGACAGUGGAUGAAACUUUUUGGAAGCCCAGUAUAGAGUCCUGUUACCAGCCUAUGUGUCUUCACAUUUUAUAUGGCCACCAGGCUCGUGUUUGGGCCAUACGCUUCUUGGCAGAUAAACUACUCAGUAUUGGAGAAGACGGUGCCUGUCUGCUGUGGGACUGCCAUCAUGGGAAAGUCCUGCAAAAGCUGGAGGGCCACCGGGGUAAAGGGAUCAGGGCAUUGGCAGUACGACAGGCCUUAGAAGGUGUGCACUGGGUUGCCACCGGGGGAGCAGAUGGAGGAAUUAGGCAGUGGAGGAUAGACAGAGAGGAGAAAGAUCAUGUUGAGGUGGAGACAAAGGACAAGUGGCUGAUCAGACUUCAGUUUGACGGUCAUGGGAGUCCAAAAAUUGUUCGCCUGGCAGAGCGUGGGCGGCAAAUGUUGGUGAUGACAGACAUGGGGAGCAUCUACAGCAGUAUUUUGGGAGCGCCUGGUGAAGUUAAUUCCUGGCAGCUCCUUACAGAAGAUCCUGAUUUUCAGUCAUACAGCAUACUUGAACUGAGCUCUAACCUUGAUAUGUCUGGUGCCAGCCACAUGCAGGCUGAAUACUGUGCUGUGGGCUCUAUAUGUGGACGAGUGAAGGUUUUUUCCCUUAGCCAUCCAGAUGUUGUGGAAGAAUUGAAAAAAGCCAAGGGAAAGAUUCACAACUUGUGCUGGGGGCCCUGUCUUGACCACUCCCGCAUGCUGUUUGUGUCUGCGUCAGAUGGACAGGUGUAUUGUUGGCAGGUGCUAGACACCCUGAAGAACACCCCUCUUAAGGUCUUCCAGUGUGGGAUUCUCUUGCUUCCAUCAUGCAGGCAGAGGUGGCUUACAGGGGUGAGAUACUUACCAGAACGGAACAUGUGGGUGUGCGGGGACCGUCGUGGGUCAGUGCUGCUCUAUAACGACAUGAGAAAUGAUGCUGUUCUGGGCACUUUCGAAGCCAUCUCUUUCCUCUUUGGGCUACAUGGAAAGCAGGGAGUAACAUCUGUGGAGGUGUGGGAUGGACAGGUCUAUAGCAGUGGACGAGAUGGUUGUUUUCGCAUCCUCAGUGUGCGGGACAUGCCUGAAGGUGGGCCCAUUUUUGAGGUCCUAAGAGUGCUGAGAUUAGGUCCCAGUAUGGAGUGGAUUGAGCGGCUGCUUUUUCAGGCACCAGGGUUGGAAUGGGGCAAGGGGCCGCUGGUGAUGGGCUUUCACUCAACUGAUUUUAUCUUGUGGGACUUUGUGGCCAAAGAAACACUUCUAACUGUUCCUUGUGGUGGUGGCCACAGGUCCUGGACUUACUCUUGCAGCAUGGCAAGUGGCUCACUGGUCCAAGACAGUUUUGCAUAUAUCAAGCAGGGUGCUGUUUAUAUGUACCAUGGCACUCGCUUUAAUCCAGGCAGCAGUCACCAGGCAGUCACCAAAGCAGGACUUCAUGGCAGUAAGAUCACCUGCCUGUGCCAUCUAGGAUGUGUGGCAGCUGCUGGUGAAGCUGUGGAUAUCUUAGUUACCAGUAGCGAAGACACAACUAUCUCAGUGCUGUCUCUUCAACCAUCUCGGGGUCAAAUUAGUCCUCUUGCCUCACUUACAGACCACAUCUCAAGUGUGCGAGCUCUUGCCAAAAUACACCCAGGGAAAACUGUGCCAGCCAACCAGCAUCCCGAGACACUCUCAUCACUGUUUGUGUCAGCUGGUGGGAGGGCCGAGCUCCAUUCCUACCGAGUUACGAUUGGCUGGGAUGGCCGGCGGAAAGCCCUGACCUGUCAAGUGGUUCAUUUGGCUAUGCAUCGACUGGAUGAACAUUGGGACCGCAAGAAAAACAGACACAAGACCAUAAAAAUGGACCCAGAGACCAGAUACAUGUGCCUUGCAGUUGUAGAAGCUGGAGAUUGCAAGGGAGACGGUGUCAUUGUGGUGGCUGCCUGCAGUGAUGGAGCAGUUAGGGCAUUUUCGCUGCAGGAGGAGCAGCGGAGACUAGUGCUGCUUUGGGAAUCUUUCUAUCACCAGCGUUGCGUGCUGUGUGUGGCCGUGUUCAGCCAGUGUUGGGAUACACAUUGCAGACAAAUGUUUCUGUGCAGUGGGGCCACAGAUGGUAAUAUUGCCAUCUGGGACAUCUCAGAGAGUGCCACAAAAGAAGAGAAUGAGGACAGCAGUGCCCCUCAGUGGCUGACUCCUUCCCUUCUGGUGUCUGCUCACCAGUGUGGUGUGAACUGCCUGGAUGUUGGGGAAACAGAAGUGCCUGGGCAGUACUUGGUGCUUAGUGGCAGUGAUGACAACUCCCUCCAUGUGUGCCUUGUGGACAUUAGCAACAGAAUGGCUCCCCUGCAGCUCCUCAGAACAUUUUCUGUGGUCUCUGCCCAUGCUGCCCCAAUCACGGGAGCACGCUGGCUCACUCCCCACUUUCUCGUUUCUGCCUCGGUGGACCAGCGAGUGGUACUGUGGAGCGUGAGAGAGGCCAGUCUAAGCUGGCAGGAGGCCUGUUUGAGCCAUGUGGCUGAUGUGUCUUCCCUGGAAAUUUGGCAGAAAGAAGAUGGUGACAAAACUGUGCUCUCUGUGUGUGGACAGGGUCUGCAGGUACUGCAGCUCGGGUCCAUUCUGCAGGACAUCUCCUGCUUAAAAAGCUGAGCUUCCUUGCUCUUGGAGAAUUUUUAUGCAAUCAGAAAUGCGAGACAAAAUUAUGAAUUUAUUUUUAAUUAAACAUUUAUGUGCAUUUUUCCAAAGGUUUCUUUAUUUUUUUAUUAUUAUUAUUA